CACAUCCGGUGGUCUGGCGCGCGGAAAAUGGCGGCUGCCUUAGAGAGAAGCUAUAUAGAGAUCUGCGGGUUCGAAAGGGAGACAGUCUCCCGCUUUCGGGAUCUCACCAUUAAGCUGGGUGUAAGUGCACCCUCUGGUGGUGGGAGACUCUCGGACAGCGCUGGAGCGUUCUCUUAUGAGGAGAGCGGGAAACUGCAGUCGCUCACUAGCAACAGAUUCAUCCACUGGUCAACGUCAGGAGACACAGUCCAGCUCGUGGAACAGUCCCUGGACGUGAACCUGUUGAACAACUCGCUUCGCCUGAGGAUCCUGAACUGCGCCGUGCUUCCGGGAGGCGUCCACAUCCACGAGACGCUCAACAAUGUCAUCGUCCUCAUCGUCACAAACCAAUCAGUGCACAGGAUGGUCCUCCCGCACCCCACACGCAUGUACCGCAGUGAGCUGGUGGCUGAGCUGCAGAUGCAGAGUGUGUUUACCGACUUCGGGAAAGUGUGUGUUCAGGACGCUGUACACUCCUUCACACUGUCGUUCGCCCAGAUCCCCGUCACAUCCUCCACCUGGCUUAGCACACACGGCCACGCCCAUUUCGCUUUGGCCACUCCCGCUGGGGGCAUCUCCGUAGUUACCUUACCUCCUCCCGAUCAGGAAGGUUCAUUGUCAGUGGUGGAGUUGAAGCAGAGUUCGGUGAUGCAGAGGUUAGCAGGCUGGGUCCCCAGUGCCAUCAGAGGGGACCAGAGCCCAUGUGACCUGGCGGUGAGUUUAGCCGUCUGGCCUUUGGAGGACGACACCUUCAUCUUCGCUCUGUGUCAGGAUCAUAAACUGCGUGUCUGGUCAUAUAAGGAGCAGCAGUGUGUAUUAGUGGCAGACAUAUUGGAGUACAUCCCCACGGGUCGGGCCGAGCUGAAGAACAGCGUGGGCGCCUCGCACCGUCUGCGCGUGUGUGUGUCCGGCUCUGCGGGUGUGUGUGUGUGUGUUUACAUCGCCGCUCCACACCGCAGUCAGUUCUCGGUCCUGCAGCUCGGCUCCAGUAACAGCACACGCUACAGCCUGGAGCACAUCUCUACCAUUUUCAGCACACAGGAGACGCUGGUGGACUUUGUUCUGACCUCCACUGAUAUCUGGGGUCUCUGGGUGGAUGAUGAUAAUCAGACCGUAGUGAAGUACAUCAACUUUGAGCAUAAUACAGCAGGCAUGUGGAACCAGGUGUUUGUGCAGCCCGCACCGGAGGAGGAAGUUCACAUCGGGCCUGAGCAGGAUCCCAGAGAGACGUACCUGGACGUUCUGUUCUCUCCUCUGCACUUCACUGCAGCCGCCAUUGUAAAGGCUCUACAGAUUUACAAACGUGGCACAGAGCGAUUCUCCGACUUAACAUGGGAGACACUCAAGAAAGAGGUCACUCUGGCUGUAGAGACUGAGCUUCAGAGCAGCGUGACAGAGUUCGAGUUCUCUCAGGAGGAUUACCGCAUGCUGCAGGUGGAGUUCUGGUCCAAGUUCUACGCGUGCUGUCUGCAGUACCAGGAGGCUCUGUCCACGCCUCUCGCCCUGCACGUGGACCAGGCCACGUCUAUGGUCUGCCUGCUCAAGAAGGGUUUGGUGUCGUUCCUGUUGCCCUGCUUUGCGGUGGAUCACUUGUACCUGUGCUCUGAUGACUGUCUGUCCUCCGAGGAGGAAACACCUGUAGCUGAUGAACCAGAGCUGGGCAUGGAUGUCCUACAGCUGGUGCACUGUUUGCGGGUGGUGAGUGAGUGUUUGCAGGGGGAGAUGGUGUGUGUGAUGGACAGAGCAGUGGAGAUGCUGAUGUCUCCAGAGAGAGCCGCAGAACAAGUGCUGGAGAACCUGCUGGCUAACGACAAUGAUAACUUAAUCGAUGACAUCACCAACAAGCUACAGGACGUGCGAAACCCUUUGGCGGCGAUGAACGCACUGCUCCGAGAACUGGACCUGGAGACAGAUUUGGAUGUAGCUGACACAACGCCAGCACACACAGGCCGGUCCCUGAGCAUGCGUCUCAGUCUGUCUCAGCUGUACAGCAGCAGCGUGGCUGUGAGCGUUGCGUGUCAGGCGGUGUGUCACAUGGCCAUGACUCGAGCGCUGAUCUGCAGAGACCUGCUCAUCCUGCAGCACCUGUACCUGCGCCUCGGAGGCAGCGUGCUCCUGGCAGACAGCAGUCAGUGUCUGCAUCUACAGCAGGAUCUGAUCCCACGCUGUUCACACCUGCUCUGCUGUUAUCACCUUCUCAAACAGCUCAGCCAGACCCUCGCCUCACCUGUACCACUCGACACACUAGACGCUAACCUGCAGCACCUGUCUGUGUUGAAGCUGUCCGAUUCUGCAGCGGUUACAACUAACAGAUCAGUGUUAAGUCCUCAGACGGUGGUGGAACUGUUCUAUCAAAACGUAGCUCAUAAAUCCAUCGUCCUGCAGCUCUUUGGCCAGAGGGUGGCGCCAGAGAGUCAGAGCACGAGCCUGCCCUGGAACCAGCUCAUCUCUAGUGUGGUGCAUCUGCUCACACAGCUACUAUGGCCCAGUAACCCCAACUUCAUGUUCCCGGAGUGCAUGAUGGGAAACUGCCAGUAUACACAGCUCCAGGAGUAUGUGCGUCUGAUCGGGCCGUGGUGUCAAGCUAACGUGGGCUCGUGUCGGUUUGUCCUGGGUCAGGCGUACCUGGCCUGUGGAGAAGGACAGAAGGCGCUGCAGUGUUUCCAGGAGGCAGCGUCCGAGGUGGAGAAGGAGGAGUUUCUGAUGAGACUGACGGGCUCGGAGGAGGACGAGGCGGGGAAUACAGCGGCACGGUUACUCUAUUACAACAAGGUCCUGAGACUCCUGGAGGAUGUCGGGUUGCCAGAUCUUGUGAUCCAGUUAGCCACGCUGGCCGUAUCCGAGGCUGUGAACGACCCACGCAGUCAGGCAGCUCUGUGGACGCGUAUUUUUAAACACCAUCUGGAUCUCGGACACAACAGGGAGGCGUAUGAAGCUCUGACCCAGAACCCCGAUCCCAGCAGGCAACUGGAUUGUCUCCGGCAGCUGGUGGUGGUCCUGUGUGAACGUGCUCAGCUACACGAUCUCGUCCAAUUCCCUUACAUCAACCUGCACGAGGAGGUUGUGGGGAUAAUCGAGUCCCGCGCCCGUGCUGUUGACCUGAUGACCCAUAACUACUACGAGUUGCUCUACGCCUUCCACAUCAACCGCCACAACUACAGGAAAGCUGGUACAGUGAUGUUUGAGUACGGGAUGCGUCUGGGUCGGGAGGUUCGGACUCUUAGGGGUUUGCAGAAGCAGGUAAACUGUUACCUGUCUGCCCUCAACUGUCUGCGUCUGAUUCGCCCUGAAUACGCCUGGAUCAUCCAGCCUUCGACCGGACCGCCUUGUGAGAAGCCAGGCACGUCCCCGAAGCGCAGCUAUGAUGGAGAUUUGGCUCCGCCUCCAGUGAGUCGUCAGAUAGAAAUCCUGGAGCUGAAGGAUCUGGAGAAAGAGUAUGUUCUUGCACGGUGUCGGCUCACACUCGCACAGCAGGACUCAUCCUCAGCUGCUAUAGCAGGCAGUGCGACGGCAGUGGACAUGGUGUCUCUGUUGGUGCAGGCAGGACUUUUCGACACGGCGUUGUCACUGUGUGAGACAUUUAAUCUCUCUCUCACACCCAUCUUCGAGGGACUCGCCUUCAAGUGCAUUAAGCUGCAGUACGGAUCGGAUCAGAACCAGAACGAGGCGUGGAACUGGUUAUCAGCCAAUCAGUUGCCAAGCCUCAUCACCACUAAAGAGUCCAGUGCAACAGAUGAAGCGUGGAGACUUUUGGCAUCGUACCUGGAGAAGCAUCCGUCCCAGAAUGCUCAGCAUCACCGCUGCGUUAUAGACAGGCUGCUGUCACACGGCGUACCCGCUCCCGACUGGCUGCUUAACGCUUAUAAGGAAGUGGAUGCUGCGUCUCUGCUACGUCUUUACCUGAACUACGACCUUCUGGACUCGGCCGCUGAGCUUGCAAUGGAAUACGUGGACGCUCUGCUGGGGAAGGGGCACCAAUAUUUUGGAAUACCGACACCACUAAGUGCAACAGCACCGCCCAUCUGGCUGCCCUACACAUCCAUCGACCAGUUGCUGCACAACCUGAGAGAGAGUCAGACUCAGAGCAACGUGCAGGUCUGCGAGAAGCUGCAGAUGAAGCUGUCAGAAUAUCACAGACAGGUGGAGAGCAGCAGUAAACACCGACUGAAGCUUGCAGCCUGAACACACUCCCUGCUCCCACACUCGCAACGGACUUUCUCUCUUCACUGCUUUGUAAAAUUUUUAUAUGUGAUUAAAAUGUUUGGUUUUGUAUGGA